AUGGACGAUUUCCUCGACAAGGCUGAAGCCCUGGACGUGGGUCGAGAACGGGGAAAUCGUGACAGACGUGGAGGUAGAGGCGGACGAGGUGUCAAGAGAGGAGGCGGUGGUGGAGGGAGAGGAGAAGGCAGAGAAGUCAUGGUGUCGAAAGCAUUAUCGAAACUUUUGAGGCACGCGGCUGUUGAAGCAGGCCUGAAGCUAGAUGCUGAGGGUUAUGCUAGUGUGGAGCAAGUUAUGAAAUGGCCACGCCUAAAGUCCCUUCAAAUAACGUUCGCCGACAUCCGUACAGCUGUUGCAGAUAACGCAAAGCAGCGCUUCUCUAUGAAGCCGUCUCCCUCGCUAAAAGACCCACCAGAUCUCAACUCAGAGGAUCCAGCAGACUGGGUAAUCCGCGCCAACCAAGGUCACAGUAUAGCCGUUGACUCAGCCUCCCUACUUGUUCUCAUCACUCUUGCUGCUGGCAAUGUUCCUGAAACCGUUGUACACGGCACGUACUUUGCCUUUUAUCAGGCGAUCGUGGACUCUGGUGGCUUGAAGAAGAUGACCAGAAAUCAUAUCCAUUUCAGCACUGGUCUGCCGGAAGAUAAAGAAGGAGUUAUCAGUGGUAUGAGAAAAGAUGCUGAGGUGUUAAUUUAUGUGGAUAUAAAGCAGAGUCUGGAAGAUGGGGUUGAGUGGUGGCUAAGCGAGAAUGGUGUUGUGUUGACUGAGGGUGAUCAGACAGGGGUUCUAGGGACCAAGUACUGGAAGAAGGUUGAAGGAAGAAAAGAAGAUAUUGGUGUGCUCUGGGAAGAAGGAAAGAUGCUUCAAGAGCUCCCGGAAAAGUUCAGAGGUAGAAAGGCUCCGAUGGGGAAAGGUCCAAGAGGCCAGGGGCCAAGCGAAAGAGGAAGAGGUGCGCCAGGUCGUGGACGUGGGAGAGGUCGAGGAAGAGGAGAUUCUGGUGGCAUUGGAGCCACGGACAGUGGUUCUGUGGGUACAAAUGAGCCGUAA